GGAAGGGGCCCGAGCUGGAGGCGCGUCUACCUGGCUGCACCAGCACGGCAGCGCCUUCCCACGCGGGGACUCCGGCAGCAGCAUCUGUCCCCUCCUUCCAGGGUCCCUCCGGCCGCCCGUGAGCCAGCCAGCAUGUUGGGGCUCUGGAGGACCUUCAACAGUGUGGUUUCCUACAUCACCCUUGCCGUCAGCCUCGGGGAGCUGGUAGGGAACGGGCUGGUCCUCUGGCACCUCGGCUUCCACAUGAAGAAGGGCCCCUUCUCCGUCUAUGUCCUCCACCUGACCACCGCCGACUUCCUGUUCCUGGGCUGCCAGGUGGCCGUCUGGGCCGUGCAGGCCGCCCUGGGAGGCCAGGGCGGCCUCUACCUCACCGUCCCCUUCGUGGCCUUCUCCGUGGGGCUCUGGCUGUUGGCGGCCUUCAGCGCCGAGCGCUGCCUCUCCGACAUCUUCCCCACCUGCUACCAGGGCUGCCGCCCCAGACACACAGCAGGCAUCGUCUGUGGCCUGAUCUGGGCCCUCACCCCGCUGACCGUGCUGCUGCCCGCCAACGCCUGCGGCCAGCUGCCGGGCGGCACGCGCCUGCAGACCUGCCCUUGGUUCCACACAGCCAGUGUCGCGUGGCUGCUGACCCUGGCCUGCGGGGCCUCCGUGGCCGGGCUGGUCCUCUUCAUCUGGGUGGCCUGCUGCUCCCAGCGGCAGCUCCCCCAGUUCUACGGUGUCGUCCUGGGCUCCGUGCUCCUGUUCUUCUUCUGCGGCCUCUCCUACAUCUUGUACUGGAUCCUGAGCAGCAGCCUGGACCUCCUGCUGUCCUGGGUCCCCAUGCAGUCCUUUUUACGCCAACCGUACUCGCUCUCCCCACUGCCCACGCUCCUGGCCUGCAUCCACUGCAGCUCCAAGCCACUCAUCUACUUCACGACAGGCCGGCAGCCAGGCAAGCGAGAGCCACUGCGGGAGGCUCUCCAGCGGUCCCUGGGGGAGGGGGCCCCGCUGGGGGCCGGGGAAGUGUCUCUGCCCAUGGGCCGCGUGUAGAGGCCUCCCGGGCCCUCCCCGACCCCUCACCAGACCCUCCAGGACAAUGUCGUCCCUGCCCCAACCCUGGCUCAGUUGCCCUGGGGAUCCAAGGGCUGGGGACAGAGUGAGAGCUGCGGUCCUGGUCCCCCCAUGCCCAGCCCGCUUGGGCCGGGGAAGCCUGAGGAUGAGACCAGAUACACGGCAGGCAAACCGGGAGACCCCAGGACAGGCACCUGUGGGCAGAGCCCUCAUCCCCAGCUCCUGCCUCCUCUCCUGCCACCAACUGGGGGCCAGGGUGGAGGGGAGGCAGCCCCCGAAGGCCCCGUGGGGGGUUGGGUGGAUCAGAACCCAGGCUCUGGCUGGGCCAGGGGCUGUCCUCACUGGGGCCGCGCUGAGCCUCUUCCUACAGGCUUCUCCCCCUGCCCCAGCUGCCCAGUGACCCCACCCAGGGCCUGCCCAGCAGUCUCUCCACAGGCCACCAGAUGGCGCUGCUUCCUCACCAAAUGCACCAAAAGUGCACCAGCAGAAGAGGGUUCACGGGCUCAGCCCUUCCAGCCCCGCCGCCCACACCGGGGCUCCUGGAUACCUGCUGCCUGGAGGGCAUUCUUGCCCCUCCAUUCCAUCUUCAACUUCCCCUCCUCCCAGAAUCCUCCACCCUUCGCCCCCACCCAUCCUUGCCCACCCCUGCAGACCCUG